GAAUCAACGAUCCAAAGCCAAUACCGAGUCCACUCUUUUGUCUUGGGGAAGAAUUAACUCUCCGAGCUCUAAAAUUUCUUGUAAAAGGGGUCACCAAAGUCUCUCUCACUCUCUAUACAUAUAUAUAUAUAUAUAUUAAACCCUCUCCCAUUCUUCUUCAAUUUCCCAAUCAAAUCCAGAGAUGGGUUUCUUCAGAAGCGUCUUCUCCUUUACCCUGGGAACAACCGUCGGCGUCUACAUCGCCCAAAACUACAACGUCCCCAACAUCAAGAAGAUGACUAAUUUCGGCAUCGCCAUGGCCAAGCACUACGAGGAGAACUACCGCAAGCGCAAGAAGGGCGACGAUGAUUCGAAUUAAGUGGGAAAAAAUUGGAACCCAGACAUUAAUGUAAGGCAAGAAAAUUUAUAUUAUAUCUCAUGCAUUGAAUGCUAAAGAGGCCAGCAACAAAUUAGAGUUCUGUUCGGAGGAAGGUUGUUUAUCCUGGUUGUUUUUGUUUCCUUUUUUAUGUCCUAUAUGGCCAUGGCUUUCUACAAAUAGACCAAUGUGAUCAUGGCCUUCAGAAAUAUAGUUACCGAAAAUUUUGGUUUGAAAUUACUUGAUGCUCGCUAUUUCUCAAUCUAGUUUUAGUUUCUUUUAUAUUGCCAAUUUUUCGGUGUUUCUCGUGAAUUUUUCUAAUCCUUAUUGACAUGCAUUCUAGUUUGUGGUAGCCCUGCGCGAAACCCCUAAUUAUGGUGAUUUUGUGAAAAUUCCCCUAUUUCUAUUUCCUGAAAUCCUUCAGGUCUGAUACAAAAUCCCUCAUGCCCUGAGAAAUAAAAAGGCCUCCCCCUUCACCAUGCAGUUGGACCUGGCUAAAUGUUAAAAUGCUGUUGAAUUCUUAUUUUUUAAUUACCAUUUCUCUAACUCCAAUUCAUUUUAAGGAAAAUUAAGUUUUUGCUUAUAUUUCUAGUUUAUUUCAUUAACAUCUUUCGUAUGUAUGAUAGC